CUAUUUAUCCAUUUCAGAAAAAUCGUAAUUCGAAACUUUUUUCCCUCCACAGACAAAUUGAUUAUAACUGUAGUGUUGCUGGGAGCGAGGACAACAUUGUGAGGACGCGGGAGAGAGAUGAGCUCACAGCUCUUGCCUUUCGCUUCAACACCAACGCCACCAUCUUCACCGCUCUACUCCAAAACACGCUCUUCUGCUUCCCCCACUCUUUCCAAGAGAAUUCACAUUCCUGCUUACAUAUACAAACACCCAGCUGCCAUUCUUUUAGAACUUUGUACUUCCAUUAAAGAACUCCACCAAAUCCUCCCACUUAUCAUCAAAAACGGCUUCUACAACGAAGAGCUCUUCCAAACCAAGCUUGUUAGCCUUUUCUGCAAGUAUGGUAGCUUAACUGAAGCGGCCUGUGUUUUUGAACAUGUUGACGAUAAAUUAGAAGCCCUUUAUCACACUAUGCUCAAAGGUUAUGCCAAGAACUCAUCUUUAGAUGCUGCCUUAUCAUUUUUUUGUCGAAUGAAGCAUGAUAAUGUUGAACCUGUUGUAUAUAAUUUUACGUAUUUGUUGAAACUUUGCGGUGAUAAUUCGGAUCUUAGGAGAGGUAAAGAGAUUCACGGGCAAUUGAUAACUAGUGGGCUUUCCUGGAAUCAGUUCGCUAUGACUGGGGUUGUCAAUCUGUAUGCGAAAUGCAGAAAAACUGACGAUGCAUAUAAGAUGUUUGACAGAAUGUCUGAAAGGGACUUGGUUUGUUGGAAUACGAUUAUUUCUGGGUAUGCACAAAAUGGAUUGCCCGAGGUUGCGUUACAGUUGGUUCCAAGGAUUUUUGAGGAAGGGCAUAGGCCAGAUUCAAUCACGAUUGUUUCCAUUUUGCCUGCAGUCGCCAAUAUAAAAUCAUUGAGAAUUGGCAAGGCAAUUCAUGGAUAUGUUAUCAGAGCUGGUUUUGAAUCUCUUGUGAAUACUUCAACUGCACUGGUGGAUAUGUAUUCCAAGUGCGAGUCAGUGGGGACUGCUAGAGUGAUUUUUGAUGGGAUGAAUCGUAGGACUGUUGUUACGUGGAAUUCAAUGAUUGAUGGGUGUGUGCAGAGUGGAGAUCCUCAGGAAGCAAUGGCGCUAUUUCAGAAGAUGCUAGAUGAAGGGUUUCAACCAUCUGAUGUUACUCUUAUGGAAGUCUUACAUGCCUGUGCAGAUUUGGGUGAUCUUGAGCAGGGGAAGUUUGUCCAUAAACUAGUGGAUGAAUUGAAGCUAGACUCUAAUGUUUCUGUGAUGAACUCUUUGAUUUCAAUGUAUUCCAGAUGCAAGAGGGUUGAUAUCGCUGCCAAUAUAUUUAAAAACCUGCAAAAUAAAACACUUGUAUCUUGGAACGCCAUGAUAUUAGGUUAUGCUCAAAACGGGCUAGUAGACGAGGCCUUAAAUUCCUUUUGCGAGAUGCAAUCUAGGAAUAUAAAACCAGAUUCAUUCACAAUGGUGAGUGUGAUUCCUGCUCUUGCAGAGCUAUCUAUUCCGCGUCAGGCAAAGUGGAUUCAUGGAGUUAUUAUUCGAAGAUUUUUAGACAAAAAUGUUUUCGUGAUGACUGCUCUUGUUGAUAUGUAUUCAAAAUGUGGAGCCAUUCACACUGCAAGAAAGCUCUUUGACAUGAUGAGUGAAAGGCAUGUGAUAACUUGGAAUGCGAUGGUAGAUGCUUAUGGGACACAUGGGCUUGGAAAAGCAGCUGUAGAGCUUUUCAGGGAAAUGGAAAGGGGCUCUAUCAAGCCAAAUGAUAUUACAUUUCUCUGUGUUCUCUCUGCUUGCAGCCACUCAGGUUUGGUGGAAGAAGGCCUGCAAUACUUUGCCAGCAUGAAGAAUGAUUAUGGACUAGAGCCCUCAAUGGAUCACUAUGGAGCCAUGGUUGACCUUCUUGGUCGAGCUGGCCGGCUCAAUGAGGCCUGGGAUUUUAUUCAGAAGAUGCCCGUUGAGCCAGAAAUAACUGUUUAUGGUGCAAUGCUGGGUGCUUGCAAAAUUCACAAGAAUGUUGAGCUGGGGGAGAAGGCUGCAAACAAACUCUUUGAGUUGAAUCCAGAUGAGGGUGGAUACCAUGUAUUGCUUGCAAACAUAUAUGCCACAGCUUCAAUGUGGGAGAAACUGGCUGAAGUAAGAACUAUGAUGCGAAAGAAAGGACUUCAGAAAACACCUGGUUGCAGUUUAGUGGAAUUAAGAAAUGAGAUUCAUAGUUUCUAUUCUGGCGGUAUAAGCCAUCCCCAAUCCAAAGAGAUCUAUGCUUUCCUCGAGACGCUAGUUGGCAAGAUCAAGGCUGCUGGUUAUGUGCCGGACACCAGUUCAAUACAUGAUGUGGAAGAUGAUGUUAAGGAGCAGCUGCUGAAUACGCAUAGUGAGAAAUUGGCUAUUGCCUUUGGACUUCUGAAUACAAGCCCAGGAACGACCAUACAUAUUCGGAAGAAUCUCCGAGUCUGUGGUGAUUGCCAUAGUGCGACAAAGUACAUUUCACUUGUGACUGGGCGGGAAAUCAUAGUGCGUGAUAUGCACAGGUUUCACCACUUCAAGAAUGGAUACUGUUCAUGUGGAGAUUAUUGGUGAAUUUGGCUCCUCAAGUGUCUUGAUUCUUGAUUAUUUGUAUACAACCACUACCAGCUAUAAUUUUUAAAGGCCAAGAGGCUUAGAGGUACAUAAGGUUUCUGAGAGUUCUCAGCCCUUUUCUUCUGAAUCUUUGGUGUAUCAUCCAUGAUUAAGCUAUCAUGUACAACCUAUUCAUAAUCGAAAUCUUCAAUAACAAAAACCACAAGGUUUUCUCUUGGAAGGUACAUGCUAUGUUUUCAAGCUAUGUGACUAAAGGUAUUUCUAAUCUCCUGUAAUUAGACGUCACUAAAGGUUUCAUUCAUAUGCUAUGAUAUUAAUUUAAUGGCAUUAAAAGCUCAUGCUGUGCUGCAGGCAGACCUAAAAAAAUUUUGAAAUGUAUUAUGAUGAAUGAUUGAUCAAUAUUACAUGUAUAAACUGAUGCAUUGAGUGAAUCAGCAAUGUUACUUGCUGCACCAUUAGCAAAUUUGUUUUUUAUUUUUAGUUACAACAUUAUAAUGGCUGUAAAAAUCAUAAAUAAAUGAACAGCAUCAUUUCCUCCCCAAAA